CACUCUUUCAGCCCUUGAAUAAAAACUGCACCCAACUUCCCAGGCGCCCUCAUUGCCCAGCCGGACCCCAGCCCCCGAUAGGCUCGGGCCGCCCAGCUCGCCCCGUGCUCCGCCGGCCCCCGCCCAGCGCACCGGACCCCACCCCCGGCGCCCUGCGCUCGCCCCCUCGGUUCGCUCUCACCAUGGACAAGUUUUGGUGGCGCCUAGCCUGGGGACUGUGCCUCUCGCAGUUGAGCCUGGCGCAGAUCGAUUUGAAUAUAACCUGCCGAUACGCGGGUGUGUUCCACGUGGAGAAAAACGGUCGCUACAGCAUCUCGAAGACGGAGGCUGCUGACCUCUGCAAGGCUUUCAACAGCACCCUGCCCACCAUUGCCGAGAUGGAGGCAGCCCUGAGCAUCGGGUUUGAGACCUGCAGGUACGGGUUCAUAGAAGGUCACGUGGUGAUCCCCCGUAUUCACCCCAACUCCAUCUGUGCCGCGAACAACACCGGGGUGUACAUCCUCACAUCCAACACCUCCCAGUAUGACACGUACUGCUUUAAUGCUUCAGCUCCACCUGGAGAAGAUUGUACGUCGGUCACACACCUGCCCAAUGCCUUUGAAGGACCAAUUACCAUAACCAUUGUUAACCGUGAUGGCACCCGCUACACCCAGACGGGUGAAUACAGAACUAACCCUGAAGACAUCUACCCCAGCAACCCCACUGACGAUGACGUGAGCAGUGGAUCGUCCAGUGAAAGAAGCACUUCGGGAGGCUACAGCAUUUUCCACACCCACCUUCCAACUGCCUACCCGACCCAGGACCAAGACAGUCCCGGGGUGUCCGACAACCCAGAGAAUCCCCCCAUUACCAUUACUUCAACUGUGCACUCAAACAGCCACGCAGCAGUUCAGGAGCAAACUAAUUGGAUGUGGUCCUGGUUGGGUAACUCACAGCCUAAGACUCAGGAUCACACAGCAGCUGCAACAACAGCUUUGAUGAGUUCUAGUGGCACGACUUCCAAAACAGCAACCAAGAGGCGAGAAGCCCAGGAUUGGCUUUCAUGGUGGUUUCAGCCAUCAGAGUCCGAGAAUCCUCUUCACACAACAACGAUAAUGGCUGGUACGGAUUCAAAUAUCAUCUCAGCAGGCUGGGAACCAACUGAAGAAAACGAAGAUGAAAGAGACAAACACCCCAGUUAUUCUGGAUCAGGCAUUGAUGAUGAUGAAGAUUUUAUCUCCAGUACCAUUUCAACCACACCACGGCUUUUUAACCACCCAAAACAGAACCAGGAUCGGACCCAAUGGAGCCCAGGCGAAUCGAAUCCAGGAGUGUUACUUCAGACAACUGCGAGGAUGACUGAUGUGGACAGAAGCAGCACCAUUGCUAAUGGAGAAAGCUGGACCCGCGAACCACACUCUCCUCUCAUUCACCAUGAGCGUCAUGAUGAAGAGGAGACCCAGCAUUCUACGAGCCCAACCCCGGCCCAUGACAGCCAUCCAGACCAAAGAAUGACAACGCAGAGUCAAGAGGACAGCUCCUGGACUUACUUCUUCGACCCAAUCUCACAUCCAAUGGGACGAGGUCAUCAAACAGAAAGAUGGAUGGAUACGGACUCCAGCCAUAGUACAACACUUCAGCCUUCUGCAGAUCCAAACACACAUUCGGUGGAAGAGUCGGACAGGACAGGACCUCUUUCCGUGACGACUCAGCAAAGUAAUACUCAGAGCUUCUCUACAUCACAUGGAGACUGGGAAGAAGAUAAAGACCAUCCAGUGACUUCUACUCCAACAUCUAGCAGUAAGGAUGAUAGGACUGAUGGCAAAGGUGGAAGAAGAAGUGGACGUCUUCCUGAAGACUCAGCUACUUCAGUGGAAAGUUAUAUUUCUCAGUCCCCAGCCACAAAGGAACUCAGGACCCUCAUCCCAGUGACCCCUGCUAAGACGGGGGUCCCUGAAGUUACUGAAGUUAAUAUUGUUGGAGAUUCCGACUCUAAUGUUGAUCGUUUCUUUUCAGAAGACCAAGACUCACCAGUUCAACCCAGUGGGAGGUCCCAUACGACUCAUGGAUCAGAAUCAGCUGGACACACAAGUGGAAGUCAAGAAGGUGGGGCGAACACGACCUCCGGUCCUACGCGGAAACCUCAAAUUCCAGAAUGGCUCAUCAUCUUGGCCUCCCUCCUGGCCUUGGCUUUGAUUCUUGCCGUCUGCAUUGCUGUCAAUAGUCGAAGAAGGUGUGGGCAGAAGAAAAAGCUGGUAAUCAACAACGGUAAUGGAGCGGUGGAGGAGAGAAAGGCAAGUGGACUCAACGGAGAGGCCAGCAAGUCUCAGGAGAUGGUGCACUUGGUGAACAAGGAGUCCUCAGUGACCUCCGAUCAGUAUAUGACAGCCGAUGAGACGCGGAACCUGCAGAAUGUGGACAUGAAGAUUGGGGUGUAGCACCUACACCGUGGUAACCUGGGAAAGAAAUGGCAAUUGGAGACACAACCAAUUCGAGGAGCUGGGACACUUCACAGAUGCAAUGUGCUACUGAUUGUUUCAUUGGGGGUAUUUUUUUUUAGUAUAAAAUUUUCUACUCCUUUUUGUUUUUGUGUUUUUUUUUUUAAGUCAGGUCCAAUUUAUAAAAACAGCAUUGCUUUCUGAAAUGAGGGCCAAAUUAAUAAGCCACAAAAAUUUAACUGUUCCAGUUCCCACCUAGAAGCCUCCAUCCCCUAGGAUAUGCUAUGCAUGGCUUCUAACAAAAGCCACCGAUACAUCUUUCUGAUCCCCAGCCUUCCCUCCACUCCCCCACCUAGGCAACAGCCACCUGCCAAGGACAUCCCACAGGACUAAGAGGGAUUUGUCCCUGGGAGGAAAUUUGGAUGGGCCCUUAUCCCCUCUCCUGCAGCCCAUUCCCUGGGAAUUUCUUUCCAGCGGGGUAGGGGGUCAGAAUGUACUGGUUACACAUCCCCUUCUACAGACCUGGAAAUUUUUCAGAUGCUUCUGGGGAAAUACCCAAAAGGUGAAGCUAUUUAUCUGUAGGAACCUAUUUAUCUGUUUUUGAAAUAUUAAACCCUGGAGGUCCUUUGAUCAGUAUGAUUCUUUUUUUUUUUUUUUUUUUUUUUGGUUACUUUUU